AGCACAGAUGGCAAGCAGCACUGAGAUGGCACUCUUUCAUACCAAAAUGGAAAAUUUCACAGAUGAUUACUUUAAUUAUCUUGAUUUCAAUGAAACAGUGAUGCCAACGUCAGCCACUGCAGUGAAGGAGCAACUUCUCUCCAUGUCUCAUAUCUAUCUCCCCAUGUUGUAUUUCUUCAUGUUCUUUGCUGGUUUCACUGGGAACCUGUUUGUCAUCAUAAUUAUUGGUAACAGACAUAAGAAGAAUGCACGUCUGGUUGAUACAUUUGUGCAGAACCUUGCUCUAGCAGACCUGGUGUUUGUCUUCACGUUGCCCCUAUGGGCCAUCUCAGCUGGAAAGUAUGACCACUGGCCUUUUGGGGAGCUGCUGUGCAAGGUCAGCAGCUACAUCAUAACAGUCAACCGCUUUUCCAACAUUUUCUUUCUCACGUGCAUGAGUGUGGACCGCUAUCUCGCCAUAGUGCGCCUCAUGGACUCCCACUUUCUCCGGAGCAGCAAAUGUAUUCAUCUCACCUGUGGAGUGGUAUGGGGAUCAUCUCUGAUCCUGGGUACACCAUCACUGGUUUAUCGCAAGUUGAAUGUUGAAAGUGCCUCUUGCAUAGAUGACCUGGAGUCCUCCUUCUUCCAAGGUAUGAUUCUACUGACAGUUUUUCUGACAUUUGUGCUGCCUGUGAUGAUUAUCCUCCUGUGUUAUGGCUCAAUCAUGGUCAAACUGCGGAACCACUGGGUCACUGCUGGAAAUUCACGUGCUGAAGCUCGAUGUCGACAUUCUCUCAAAAUUGUUUUCACCAUCAUUACAGUCUUUCUGAUAUCUUGGCUGCCCUACAAUGUGUUAAAGACAAUUCAAGUUAUCUCCAAGAUCAGUAAUGUCAAGCUGGAUGAUGACACCUACAAGUAUUUGGCCAGAGGGCUCAUUAUCUCCUCCUGCCUGGCCUUCCUCAACAGCUGUCUGAAUCCAGUCAUCUACCUGUUCUUGGAUAAGCAUUUCAGACGCAGUGCAGCUGCACAGUGCAAGUUCUGCAUGGGCAAGGGUGAUGUACAGCAGAGUUACAUGUCCUCUAACUCAACUGCUUCAAAUGGUAUUUCAGAGAGCCUGGGAAGCACUGCAAUCCGAGGCCAUAUCACCCUCACUCAAAAGUAAUGCACUCUACUCAGCCACAUCUGUCUUCAGCUUAUAGCUUUACAUGAAUUUAGCUUUAUUAUUAAAAACAGAAAUAUGCUCAAAUGUGUUUUUAUUAUAAUAUUUUAUGAAUGCGUGAAUGGAUUAGAUCAGUAUCUUGCAGCAGGAUGUGUUAGUUAUUAUGCUUGAGGAAUAUUCUAAUUAAUUUUUAACAACAUUUGGUGUUUUGUUUUUAGACAGGAAGGUACUCCUGAAAUGAGUGCCAGAAAAUAAUUUUCAGGAUUUUACUCCUGUUUUUUUUUUUUUUAAAGUUAUAGAUUCAACAAAGCCAGUUAGAUAUUUUUAUGAAGUUGUUUGUGUGGCUGACUGUUUUGCUGAACAGCAAGUUCCAAAUGUUAGGGGAGAAAAUGCCCCAACUAUUUCCUUUAUGACUUUAAGCAAAUUAUUGGUGAAACUGCUUAUCAGUAAUUUCAACACGUCUGACAUUGAUUUUAAUAAAUGCAGAAAUUAAUUGUACUACUUUCUAUGUUUUUCCUUUUAUUAACAUUAUACAUUUUAACAACUCAUAGAUUUGUUAAAUAUUGGAUUUAAAAUAGCAAACAUUAUUGCCUUUAGACUCAGAUUGCACUCAUUUCUGCUUAAUGUGCAGUUACUUCACAGUUCACAAAACAUAAACUACAGUAAUUUAAGUCCAUUGUUAUUAUUUUCAUUGUUAUUAUUUUUCAGUCAUUGAUCCAUUUUAUCCAUGUAACAUAAAAUGGUCUUAAAGUA